AAUGUUUUGACAGAGUGAAUCCAAGAACAGGAGUGUCGGAUUGUCCCCAUCGUCAACAUCUUUGCAACGACCCUAUAUAUUAUACACUAAUGACUCAGCAAUGCCCGCGGACGUGCAAUAGAUGCAAUGGUGCAACUAUCCCGACGGGACGACCAGUACAACCAACGCAACCAUGUUUUGAUAGAGUGAAUCCGCAAACGGGUAUUUCGGAUUGUCCUCAAGUCAAGUAUUUGUGUAAUAACCCUAUCUACUACCAACUAAUGACUGAGCACUUGCCGAGAUCUUGUCAAUCCCCGAACUGGAGUAUCGGAUUGUCCGCAGAGGACGACAUAUUGCAGAAACUCCAUUUAUUUACAGCUCAUGAGAGAGCAGUGUCCCAGAACAUGUGGUUAUUGUGUUUGAGCCGGUUUAUUGUUUGGUCAUAAAC